AUGUGGAGACGCUUCAGAAGUUUGAUAUUGCUGCUUGCAAUAUGGAACGAAGCAUCCGCAGGCCCCAUGUUCCGUAGCCCGUGUGAGUUGCUCCCGGUGGGACAGGGACACCCGGUGCAGGCACUGUCCAAAAGCUUCACUGCUCUGGCUGGAUGUGCGAGCCGUGGCACCAGCGCUCUGCCUGAGGAGGUGCAUGUGGUCAACCUCCGUGGGCAGAGGACAGACGAGCGGGACGGGACCCCUCCGCCAACGGUGGAGCUCCAUCUGAAGCCGAUCCAGUCCCUGCUGCGUCAUCAGAAGGCCCUAGUGUUUGUGCUGAACUCUCCACAGCCGCUCACAUGGAAGAUCCAAGCCGAAAACCUGACCCCCGGCGUCACGCGCACCUUUCAUCGUGCAGAAAAUAAUAAAGCUGUGGUCAUUCGUUCUGUUUCCCAAGCUGCUUUGCAGGCGAGCUAUGCCAUACUGUCAUAG